AUGCAUCUUUUAAAUUCAAUUUUGCCUGCAGCUGCCUCGGCACUGCAAUCUGCGUUCCGCUGGUUCGCCAGUUUUCUUCCCUCCCCCUCCGCCUCCUCUUCCUCUGCCUCCUCUGCCUCCUCUUCCUCCAUCGCCACCACCAAGGACGACAACCACAACCGAGACGCUUUUGAGCUCACUGCUGAUGAUAUAGCAUUGGUCAUUAGCGCGGCGGUCUCGGUUGUGGAGACGGCGGUCUCGGUUGUGCAGGCGGCAGCAUCGUUGAUAAGGACCGUGUUCCUCAUUACCAAGCUCACGGUCCGAACAACGCUGCUGCUAGCCAAGGCCACCCUCUGGGCUAUCAAGAUGACAUGCUGUAUUCUGAAAAGUAACAUUUGUUUUGAGCCUGAAUUGAAAGGUUAA